GCGGGGAGGCGGGCGGAGCGUGAGCUGCCAGCCCGGAGCAGGGAGCCGGGAGCGGGGAGGCUCGGCCCGCGCCCUGCACGCUACCAUCCUCCGGGUUCCCAGCCCCGGGUGCUGAGCUCGCCGCUAUAAAUAGCAGGUUACAGCUUCUGCUUGGGCGCACACGCUUUCACUGGAGAACGCAGGAAAGUCAUCCUGAAAAGUGUCUGCCGCUGCUAUCGCCCCCAACUCAGCCUCUGCAAGAGAACCCAAAGAAAUGGUGUCACCUGGCAAGAGAUCUGCCGUGUUUCAUGAAAAAACAGCCCAAGAGCCCUAAAACCAGCAAAACAAUAAUCAAAGGUACAAGGAGUUGAAGAACACAACCUAUAUCAGAAUUUCACAGUGGACUAUUAGAUCGUUAAUGUGAAGAUACACCAACGUUAAACCGGAGCUCAUUACCUGGUACCAUUUGAAAAAGACACCGUGGAGAAUAAGUCAGUUGUGAGGUGGAUCAUGGAAAUCAAAGAGGAAGGAACAUCAGAAGAAGGCCAGCAUUUUCUUCCUGCAGCUCAGGCAAAUGACCCUGAGGACAUUCAGUUUACCAGCAUCCAGAAGAUUCCGAAUGAGCCACAGUUGGAAUUCAUUCUUGCCUGCAGGGAUCUUGUGGCUCCUGUCAGUGAUCGGAAACUGAAUACAGUAGUCCAGAUCUCAGUAAUCCACCCCGUGGAGCAGACCCUGACGAGGUACUCCAGCACAGAAAUUGUGGAGGGAACAAAAGACCCACUGUUCCUAACGGGUGUCACAUUCCCAUCGGACUACCCCAUCUAUGAAGAGACCAGAAUAAAACUGACAGUCUACGAUGUCAAGGAUAAGUCUCAUGAUACUAUUCGAACCAGUGUCCUUCCGGAACACAAGGACCCCCCGCCAGAAGUUGCGGUAGGUGCUUCCUAUAUUUCCGAAGGUACACAGGUCAUUUGUAAGAGAAGCUUCCUGGGCUGUGCCAGUUUUAAAGUUGGGGAGCUGCUGAAGUCCAAGGAGCAGCUGCUGUCCCUGAGCCUGAGAACCUCAGAUGGUGGCAAAGUGGUCGGCACCAUAGAAGUCACCCUCGUGAAGAUGGGGGAGAUUGAGGAUGGGGACACCGACCACAUCACAACAGAUGUGCAGGGACAAAAGUGUGCACUAAUGUAUGAAUCCACAGCACCAGAAAGUCUGAGCGGGAAGGAAAACUUACCUUUUAUGAAUGCAGUUUUAAGGAAUCCUGUGUGUAAGCUGUAUAGAUUCCCCACAUCUGACAAUAAGUGGAUGCGAAUCCGUGAGCAGAUGUCAGAAAGCAUCCUUUCUUUUCAUAUUCCUAAGGAAUUGAUUUCCCUUCACAUAAAAGAAGACUUAUGUAGAAACCAGGAGUUAAAAGAACUUGGUGACCUUUCCCCACACUGGGAUAACCUACGGAAAAAUGUCCUUUCUCACUGUGAUCAAAUGGUGACUAUGUACCAAGACAUUCUGACAGAACUUUCCAAAGAAACAGGGUCCUCUUUCAAAUCCAGCAGCAGCAAAGGAGAGAAAACAUUAGAAUUUGUUCCAGUAAAUCUACACUUGCAACGAAUGCAGGUGCACAGCCCUCACCUGAAAGAUGCUCUCUAUGAUGUCAUCACUGUGGGGGCCCCAGCUGCCCAUUUUCAGGGAUUCAAGAAUGGUGGUCUUCGUAAACUCCUCCAUAGAUUUGAGACAGAGAGAAGGAACACCGGCUACCAGUUUAUUUACUAUUCACCUGAGAACACAGCGAAGGCAAAGGAAGUUCUCAGCAGCAUCAAUCAGCUACAACCUCUCAUAGCAACUCAUGCAGACCUGCUGCUAACCUCUGCCAGCCAGCGUUCUCCAGACAGCCUGAAGAGCUCUUUAAAGCUGCUUUCAGAAAAAACUGAGCUUUUUGUCCACGCCUUCAAGGACCAGCUGGUCAGGAGUGCUCUUUUAGCUCUCUACACUGCGAGGCCAGGAGGCAUCCUUAAGAAGCCACCCUCUCCUAGUGUCAGCACAGAGGAGAAAAGUACUCAGCAUGAUACCCCACAGCUUAGAAGACAAGACUCCAUACCACAUCAUUCUGACUAUGAUGAAGAAGAGUGGGAUAGGGUGUGGGCCAACGUGGGGAAGAGCCUGAACUGUAUUAUCGCUAAAGUAGACAAACUGAUCGAGAGAGACAGUCACAACGAAGAAGGUGCUGGAGGCAGCAGUAGCAAGGAUGGAGAGGCGGACCCUACUCUGGAAGAUUCCAUCACAUCUCCCCCACAUGAGGACUGGUAUGAACAGCUGCACCCACUCAUCCUUACCUUGAAGGAGUGCAUGGGAGAAGUGGUGAACCGAGCAAAGCAAUCCCUGACAUUUGUACUGCUUCAGGAACUGGCCUACAGUCUGCCCCAGUGUUUGAUGCUGACUCUGAGAAGAGACAUUGUCUUCAGUCAGGCGCUUGCUGGAUUGGUUUGUGGUUUUAUCAUCAAAUUACAUACAAGUUUGCAUGACCCUGGCUUCCUACAGCAGCUUCAUACAGUGGGCUUGAUAGUACAGUACGAAGGACUGCUAAGUACUUACAGUGAUGAAAUUGGAAUGCUGGAGGACAUGGCGGUCGGCAUUUCAGAUUUGAGGAAAGUUGCAUUUAAAAUAACUGAAGCCACGUCCAAUGAUGUCCUCCCUGUUCUCACGGGGAGACGUGAACACUAUGUGGUGGAGGUCAAGCUCCCAGCUACAGUAUUUGAGUCGCUCCCGAUGCAGAUUAAAGAAGGCCAGUUGCUUCACGUGUAUCCCGUUCUGUUUAAUGUCGGAAUCAAUGAGCAGCAGACUCUGGCUGAGAGGUUUGGAGAUGUUUCUUUGCAAGAAAGUAUUAAUCAAGAAAAUUUUGAACUUGUACAAGAAUAUUAUUCAAUAUUUAUGGAAAAGAUGCCUCCUGAUUAUAUUUCUCAUUUUCAAGAACAAAAUGAUUUAAAAGGACUGUUGGACAAUCUCCACCAAAAUAUUCAAGCCAAAAAAAGAAAGAAUGUAGAAAUCAUGUGGCUGGCAGCCACGAUUUGUCGGAAACUCAAUGGCAUUCGUUUUACCUGCUGUAAAAGUGCCAAAGACAGGACAUCGAUGUCGGUGACACUAGAACAGUGCUCCAUCCUGAGAGACGAGCAUCAACUGCACAAAGACUUUUUCAUCAGAGCUUUAGAUUGCAUGAGAAGAGAAGGAUGCCGCAUAGAGAAUGUACUGAAGAAUAUCAAAUGCAGGAGGUAUGCUUUCAACAUGCUACAGCUGAUGGCUUUCCCCAAGUGCUACAGACCUCCAGAAGGCACUUAUGGAAAAGCUGACACCUAAUUUUACCAACAUGGAGACAAACAGGAACACAAAUACACUGAGCUUUGAAGAUCUCCACCUCUGUCAUUUUUAUUUUUUAAUCAUUAUGAGUAGGGUGAGGCGCUCAUGAGUGUCGCUCCCAUGAAGACCAAUACAUUACUCAGAAAGCAACCCAGAUCUGAAGUCUUACCAGCACUUCCGUGUCCAGUCCAUCUGUUCUCCUUUGUGUUAACACACCUCACUGGUUGAGGUUAGUUGAGAAAGUGUAAUUCCAUUUGUAGGGUAUUUGAAUAAAACAUGUCCUGAGAAAACUAGGUUGUUCCUAUGGUGCCAGAGGUGACUUGGAGAAUGCCAUUUAGAGUCCUGACUGCAGACAACCUCAGAGUCCAGCUUACUGGCUUUUAUAUAAUAUGUGUAUAGUAAAUGCAAUUAGGGACUGGUAAAACAUGCCCUUGAUUACUGACAUGGUUUGCAGGUAUGUUUGUACAAAUCUUUGUCAUCUAUGUCAGAUGUGAUCCCACUUUCUAAGUUAGUAGAUGAAAGUGUGAUCAGAGUCAUGAGCUACAACAAAAAACUACUUUUCACAAAAAUGAUGUGGGUUGGGUAACCCACCUAGACACAGCAAUGUAGAGCCUUUAAUGGUAUAGUGGGAAAACACUUUAAGGCACUAAAGUUACAAAGAAAUUUAAGGAUAGUGCCUGCUGAUGACCCAAAUGCAAAUCUCCAGCAGCUUGAAAUUCACGUGGAAAAAUUCAUAAGAGAGAGAGAGAGAGAGAGAGAGAGAGAGAGAGAGAUUAUGAGAUAUUCCCUGGGAGUCCUCUUAAGUGUGUAAAUUUGCUUUUUGUCAUAGGUCAAUAUAUGUGAAGUGAAGAACCAUAAAACAUGUGUGCAGCCAUAAACAGUGAUAAAUCAACACAGUACCUGUCAGCUAAUUCUUACAGUAAAAUAACACCAAAUGUAAAAUUACUAAUAUCCCAAGUUAGUCAUUUCCUUGGACACCACGUUGCAAGAGAAGUGAAUGAAUUAAGGCACUGCACUUGAUGACUGUAGAAUAGCCAUCUCAGCCACCCUUGCCAUCUUGCUCUUUAAACUUCCUAACCUACAGCUUUCUUCUUCCAGAUUGCUAAGCUAACUAUGUGUGAAUAUUGACAGAGGAGAGCCAAAUAAAAAUUAGAAUUUAUCACUGAAUUAACAUUCAGAAUAAAGUGAUAUGAAAAAAAAUUUAUUCUUCCUUUUCUCCAAGCUCAUAUCUCCCCAGAGCAUGCUAGAGGCUUCUUACAUCGAUAGUUUUCUGCUGUGAUUUCAUUCAUAGAGCCAUAUUGCUUAUCUUCAUGUGUAUAACGUGAUAGCCAUUUGCCUAAAAGGCUUCCUUCCUGUAAAGGGUUUUCAAGUAGCCAUAUAGUCCCAUGUUGAAUUUUCCAAGAGACUGAAAACAGAAGAUGACCCUCAGAGGCUUCUCACAGUGGAAAUAUCCAUUCUUUUUAAAGGCAAUGACCUAUGGCUGUUACCAAACUAUUUAUAGCCUUCAAAAAGAAAAAAAAUGGAUUUAUAUAUAAAAUUAUCUUAGUGUUCUCAGACUUAGUCUCUGUUUUAGUCAUUUAAUAUAACGUUUGUAAUUAUUCUGUUUUUAUCAAGGUGGUAAGAUCUGUGGUUAUUUUUGUUACUGUACUGAGUUUAAGGUAGAGAGAGUUGUGACCCAAGAGUGUCUAUUCCUGAGCUUUUCUUAGUAUCUCAAGUAGAGAUAUGCAGCCCAGGACACAUUAUAUAAUUUAAGGUCAUCUUGAUUCAAAUAUGGUAAGUAUUUAUUAACCAGAAAGCCAAUACCAGGGUUUCCCAGUUUUGCAUGACAUUUCACAGGAUACAUUUUCUUUGUCAAUAAAUGCUUAUGUAGAAAUAUCAAAGGUUGACCUCUAUAAUGCACAGUAAUGAAGUUUUACUCAUUGACAGCAGCACCAUUUCCAAUGGGGAUCAGACAUGUGUACAUCCUCGUCACGGAGGAGUUUAACAAGAAAAUUCCUAUUUCCUAAGUGUGACUGCUCUUCUCUAAAUGCACUCAGGCAACCAAGCCAUGACACAUCAUUACCAAGAUUUCGGAACCAAACAUUAAAUGAAACCUUUUAAAAAUCCCCCUUUCCUAAACAUAGCUGCAGCCAUGCAGCUCUAUCAGCUGCCUUCCUACUGUCUCAAACAUGCUUCCAUUUAAGAACCAUACCAGCAGGUGGAUCUGUGGAGAUCAUGUAGAGUCAAACAAUUUAUCAAGAAAAUGACAUAUCCAAACAGUGAAGUGGGUUUUUUUCUUUCUUUCUCAAAAAAAAAAAAAAAAAAAAAAAAAAGCUUUUCUUCUCAACAACUGCAGGUAUUAAUUAUCAAUUCUGGUUUAACUAUUUACAGAGCAAUCAGAGAAAUGUAUUAAAAACCAAAAAGGAGAGCACACCCAUGCUUAUUAUCCAAAGGUCUAGAGUUUGUGUGUUUUCUCAGGACAACUAAAUGUCCCUUUGAAACAUCUGAUUGAAGAAGAGGUACAUUUGUGUGCAGCACGCCACUGAGUUUCCACCUCUGCUUUUCUGCCUAAAAUAUUGCUUUGAGCUUUAGCACACGCUGCUUAAAACAUCUUCUAAACGCUAACAUUUGGGUCAGUCUGGUAACCCAGUAGGGCCAUGAUAACUAUGUGAUGUAGCUGAUGAAUUCUUUCAAACCAGUCCCUCCCCAGUCAUGCAGCACUCCCUAUGGCCACUAGGCAUGCAAUAAGCCAUUGCUUCUGACAGACAGUGCCUCCUUGAAAGCCAGCACAGACUGGGUCAUACAGCUCCAUCCCCCACAUUUUCAAACAUUAAAUGAUUAGAAAAAAAUGUGAUAUUUUUUUCCUAAUCAGAUCCCUCCCUCUGCAAAGAUGUUGUGCCUGGAGACUUUCUUCCAGGGGUCCCUGAGGUGGCUGAUUCAUGAGAGCUUGUCAUUGAGUUUUCUGAAAUUGUGCAAAAUAACUGCUACAUGCGACCAUGAUUAGCCAUGUUAUGAAAUGAAUUUGUUAAAAGUAAAGAUGAAAAUCAAAUCUUAUAACUUCCUGGCUUUUUUCUAUUAGAUUUUGCUAUCUAUCAUAUUUCUAAGUGUAGUUAGCCCUGUGGUUCUGCAUUGUUCAAAUUCUUUAUUGAUAAUAUGCAACCGUGAACUACUAGACUUCACAUUUAGGAACACAAUGUUGGUAUCUUGAAAUCACCCACAGUGGGAAUAUUUAAACCACAGAAAUUGCCAAAUGUUAUAAACUAGGAUAUUUUUUUUUAGAACACCAGUUGUUAAACAUUUACCAGCCAGAGUAUGGCUCCAUGCCACUACAAAUAUUCUUUUUUCCUCCAGAAAAUAACAAAUUACUGGAAGGAGGAUAAUUUUAGAAUGGUUUUUAAAGGAAAGCAGUCUUUUAUCAGAUUAUUAUAAUUUUAUUGUAGAUUUUAUCAUCCUUAAGGAACUUAUACCCAGUAUACUGGAUACUUAUAUUUAUUCAUAAUUCAGUUACUAAAAAUUAAAAAAUUGUUUUAUUAAUUAAAUUAAUCAUCUGCUGCAAGUAGUCCUUAGAAUCCUAGCUUUAUUAUAAAUAAUAUGUCACCACCAAAUUCAGGAAAGUGUUAAUUUAAUCAUAAUAUCCCAAAAUUCAUAAGCUUAUGAUUAUGUUAUUGUUGAAAUAAAAGCAGGAUUAUAUCAUUAUAUGCAAUGUUUACUAAAUUGAGCACAGUUGAAACUCAUCCUAUUUAAUUAAAUAAACUCUGGCAAUAUAGCAAGAAAGCAUAGAUAUACAUAUCUGAUUCUGACAGGUGUGUCACAACAUUUUAGUCCAAUCUGUGGGACACAUUUUAUAAUCUCUUAAGAAAUAAAUGAAUUUUGAAACACAUUUGAGGAAUAUGUCUGAGACACUCUGAUCAGCAUCUGUAGAGAGCAGUAUAUUGGACACAAAACAUUUCUAAUAGUUAGAACCUGUAUAAAAUAUACAAUGUUCAUGACUGAAAAGAAUAAUUAAUUUUUUAAGAACUAGAAUGAUUUAUUGACAGUUUUAACAUAAAUUCAUAUUCAUCCAACCUACCUCCAAUCCGUGUAAGCUAUGAUUCCAUAUUUAUCAUGUUAGCUUUUAAAGUAAAAAAGGAGGGGCUUACGUUUAUCUUUUCUUUCUCUGACAGCUUGAAAUUAGAAGUUUUCACACAAAGAUGCUAACUAUAGCAAAUAUUGACUUCAAAAAUACAAAGCUAAUAACCAGUGGUUUUGAUAAAAUACAGUAUGCCAGUCAGUAUGGAGAUAAGGAACAAAAAUUUGCACUCUUUUUUUUUUCUGAGCAAUGGGACAUGUUAUUUUCUCUUUGAAUUUUAUUUCUAAGACUACAAAAUACAACCAUGCUUCUAAUUAAGAGGGCCAUACAAUACUCAACCAGAGAAAGGGGUGCAUAUAAGGUAAUGGUAAUCUCCAAAAUGGUGAAUGCAAUUGGUUUUCCUACACUUUGAUUUGCACUCGGGCAUACAUACUUAAGGAAGUAGAAGCUCAGAAUUUAGUUACAGAGAAUGUGGCCAUUAGUGUAAAUACAAUUUGCAUAAAUGUUUCUCUCUAUAAGCCAUGUGCCAUAGAUGCAUGUUAGCACAAUCUGCAAUGCAGUAAAAGUGAUAUUUAAGGAAAGAGGCAUAAACCAUUCUGUGCUGGAAGAAUAGAUUUUCCAUAAUAUUUCUACAAUCUUUAAAAUUAUUCCUAGAUGACAAAGGGCAUAGUGUAACAUUCUGUCUUUUAUAAUGAUCUGCGAAUUUGGCCAAUAUUUCUGUAAUACCUGUGUAAUUUUUAAGACGAGUCAUGUCAUGAUCAACAGCAGAACCUAUCUCCUGUUUAAAAGCCUUCACAGUUUUCAAAGGGCAGAACCUUCAUUUAUCUGUGCAUGCCCCACCCUUUGUGCAUUCUGUGUGGACAUUUUUUCUUUUAAUUUAAUUCAUUUUCAGAUUCCUGUAGUACUCAUUUGAAAGGUUGGCACUUGAUUUCUUUUUAUGUUAAAUAUAUAUUCUAGAUAAACCAAUAAUGUGUUGUAUUCCCUUAUGUCAUGGAAAUGAGUCAUGUGUAGGUCACUUUAUAUUAGAAUUGGAGGAAAUAUCACAUUCAUUUUAUUUUGUGUAAAUCAUAUUCAUUGUGCACUGUAUGUAUAUUUUUGUUGAA